AUGACUGCAAACAACGACGACGGAAUAAGACUCGGGCGUGAAACCCAGCACGCAUUUGUUCGACAUGAGAGGGCUAGAAUUCAGAAUGAGCAUGUCAGAGCUAGGAGGAGAACCAUCCCUAGGCUUCUUGAUGGGGAAGCAUUGACUUCUAGGAUCCACAUGUCAUUUGGGUUCUCAUCCCAAGGGCACGUCUCCCUUACUAAUGUAAACCAGAAGGAAGCUACUGCUGCACAUGGUGGUGUCCCUCCACUUGCAGACCCUUAUCCAGGAGGGCCCUCUGUGACCUCCUUAAUGAUAUAUGUAACACCCUUCUAA